CUAGUAGAGAAACAGUCUGUGAUCUUCCUACACUGACAAAGCUGCUGAGGGGUAAGCUAAAGAAAAAAUACAUAUUUUUCAUGAACAGAUGAAUGGGAGUUUCCUUCCCGUGGAAUUCUUCAAAUGGAGCAUAGCUUACUGGAAAAGGGGCGCUUACAAAACUGAUGAACAGCCUUCUCUGUUAAUGAGACCCGAAGUGAAAAGACGCAGCAAUGACAUUCUACUGGCAGGAGCAGCAGCCGUACGCAGCUACAUCAAGCACAAAAUAACUAUUGUGUGGAUAGAUGAUUGAUAACGCAACUGCUGUAGCUCAGGCCGGGAGAGGGAAACAGAUGUAAUUUUCUUAUUGUACAGCUGGUCCGGUUCCACUGGGUGCUGCGUGGAUUGUUAUUGCAAUCAGUCUUUACAUCAGCCACUGCUACCAGCAAUUCCAAAUUACUUAGGAAUUCGGGACGGCUGUCUUUUGGAGGAAUAUUGCACCAGAGCAAUACGGGUAUGCCAUGUGUCGUCGCGCGACAUAAGAAACGCUUUGUGGUGUGUUCUGCACCGGGGACAGGUGGUGUUGUGUGUUAGGGGGUAGCGGAGACAGUUGUCUUAAGGAUGUCACGCCGCGGUACGGGAUCAGCUUUUGCCAAAGACAGGUGCGACAAAGAGGAGUAGUAGUUUACAAACGACAUUACGGAUUGGGGUUGACGAAAGUAUCGGACCUUUCUUCUGUCUUCUUAAAUGCUGGAUGUUAAUCCAGAGGAAAUCCGACAGUAAGGAGACAACAACUGUGUAACCGCCGCGUUCCGGGCGCACCUUUUACGCGACAAUCUGUGAGCCUGUGUGCUGCUGUCAUGGCCCCCCUUGACCCACCCUUCUUCCUGCUAUUUUGGCUCGUGCGACUGGCCAGCACUGCAUUUCCAGAGGAACCAGGGCCCUUGAACUUCAUCCCCACUGAAGUGGUCCGGAAGUACCCCGUAUUUCUAGGUCGGCCACAUCGCUCAUCCCUGAGACAGGAGCCGCUGCAUAUUCAGAGAGUUCUCAAGGUUAACCGGACACUCUACAUUGGAGCCAGAGAUGACCUUUUUCGCGUGGAGCUGGACAAUGUGGCGGGAGACGAGAUGUUCUACAGCAAGAAGCGUACGUGGGAGUCUAACAAGAACGACAUCAGGACCUGUCGGAUGAAGGGCAAACACGAGGACGAGUGUCGGAACUUCAUGAAGGUUUUGCUGAGUCGACAAGGAGGUCUGUUUGUCUGUGGAACCAAUGCCUUCAAUCCGCUGUGUGCCAACUAUACUGGAGACACUCUGGAGAUGGUGGGAGAAACGGUCAGUGGGAUGGCACGUUGCCCUUAUGACCCUAAACAUGCCAACGUGGCCCUGUUUGCCGAGGGAAAUCUGUUUACAGCCACUGUGACAGACUUCCUGGCAAUAGACGCAGUGAUCUACCGCAGCCUGGGGGACAGCCCUGCCCUCCGCACAGUCAAACAUGACUCCAAAUGGUUCAGAGAGCCCUAUUUUGUCAGUUCAGUAGAAUGGGGUCCUCACAUUUACUUCUUCUUUCGUGAGAUGGCCAUGGAGUUUAACUACCUGGAGAAGGUACGAGACAAAAUGGUACAGGUGUCUCGGGUGGCGCGCGUGUGUAAGGGCGACCUGGGUGGCUCCCAGAGGGUCUUGGAAAAGCAGUGGACGUCGUUCCUGAAGGCCCGACUGAACUGCUCUGUCCCUGGAGACUCCCACUUCUACUUCAAUCUGCUCCACUCCACCAGCCCCGUCAUUAGGAUGCAUGGCAGGGACAUCAUCCUGGGGGUGUUCUCCACCCCUGCUAACAGUAUUCCUGGUUCGGCUGUAUGUGCCUUUGACAUGGAACAGCUGGCUAGGGUGUUUGAUGGGAGAUUCAAGGAGCAGAAAUCACCCGAGUCUAUUUGGACCCCUGUUCCUGAUGAGCUCAUACCCAAACCAAGGCCAGGAGGGUGUGCUGUCCAGGGCUCCCGGUUCAACUCGUCCAAUGGUUUCCCUGAUGAGAUGCUGAACUUCGUGAAGACCCACCCCCUGAUGGACGAGGCUGUGCCCUCCCUGGGACAGAGGCCCUGGAUCGUCAGGACCAUGGUCAGGUACCAGCUGAAUAAGAUGGUGAUGGACACAGAGGCUGGCCCCUACAAGAACCGCACAGUGCUCUUUCUGGGUUCCAGCCGGGGCACAAUCCUCAAGUUCCUAAUCGUCCCCAACAGGGACAACACUGUGUCCGGCAGCAAUGUUUUCCUGGAGGAGCUGGAGGGCUUCAACCCUGACAAGUGUGGGGAGGGCUCUCCACAGGCCAGACAGCUGCUGUCCCUGACUCUGGAUCGGCUGAGCCACUCACUGCUUCUGGCCUUCCCAUCCUGCGUGGUCAGGGUCCCUGUGGCACGAUGCCAGCUCUACUCCCGCUGCAUGAAGAACUGCAUCGCCUCCAGGGACCCCUACUGUGGCUGGACCAGAGGCAGCACCUGCUCCUUCCUCAGGCCUGGAACCAGACUGCCGUUUGAACAAGACGUAGAACAAGGCAAUGUGUCCCACUUGGGGGACUGUGACGGCCUGCUACAGGAGUCCUUCAUUGAUGAACCAGAUGGUCUGGUAUCAGUCAACCUGCUGGUCGUGUCUGCAGUCUCAGCCUUUGCCACAGGAGCAGUGCUGUCGGGCCUGGUUGUCUGCUGGAUCAUGAGCCAUCGCCACCGCACACGAGGGGCAGGAGCCAACAACAGGGGCCGCAAAGGGGACAAGGAGCAGAACAUGCUGGGUCCGGGGCGGAGUGGCUCGGUGAUGAGUGUGACUCGUACUAGCGGCAGUGAGAGGUCCCGAUCACAUUCCCAGGCAGACAACCCCUUUGUGACACCCAAUGGCUGGCCUAAAGGAGACAUGGACCCGGGUCUGCCGACUCCGGAACCGACCCCGCUGCAGCAGAAACGGCCUCCACCCAGCAUGCGUCUGCCUGACGGAGACUGGGAUCAGAGUCAAACCUUCCUGACCUCGGUGGGGACACCUUGUCCCACCAACUCCGACAUCUACCUGAGCUCCAAGUUUCUGCAGGAGCGGGGGGGGCGGCACGAAGACCCAAUAGAAGUGGGGCCGCCCAACACGGAGCGAACGCGUUACCUGGUCCUGGCCAGCCACCGGGAGCCCCACGGGGGACAACCCAGGACCGCCCUGAGGAACUCUGCAGGUGAGUACAACUACCCGGCCACACCGCAGGACUCACCUGACCGCAGGAGGGUGGUCUCCGCCCCCAGCACCCAGAUGGACUAUGGGGAGCCCCCCCGCUGGACCCACGAGGGGCUCAACUAUAACAGCCACAUGGGAGGUCCUUACCCUUCGCAGCGCCCCGGCCUCGUCCGAGCCAACCACCACGGCCUGGCCGACUUCAGUCACCUGAUGGGCAAGAGCGUGGGCGAGCGUAACCCCAGUGGCCAGUGAGUAGGAGAGUGCCGUAAACCCCCUUUCUCUGAAACCCAUUUCCCCUAAGAAACUGAUAUCCCCCUCGAGACUCACUCUCCUGACCCAAAACCCGCCCCGUGUGUCCUCUCUCACUGUCAUUCAAUGUUCUGACAUCCCCCCGGCAUGGAGCCUGGCUGACUGAAGAGACUGGGCUUCCAGAAACCAGCAGUUUAGAGAGAGAAAGAGAGGGAGAGUUAAAGAGAGGAGGUUGUUUAUCUCACCGCUGCAGCUCUGCUCUCUCGCUGAGACAUGCACCCCUCUUCUCCGUACAUGGUCUAACCCACGGAGCUGGGACUGGACACCAAGAGACCGGCCUCAAAGAUUGGAAGGGGUGCAAGGGAAGGGACAUUUUGUGAAAAAGGAAUGACAAGAAAACUGAGAACCGCUUCACUGAUCACUUUGCAUUCAGCCGUGUACUAUCUUGUAGUAUUCUUUGUGUGACAAUUUUAUUUCUGCUUUGCCAGAAUCCAGCAGACAACCACAUGCUUCUCCUUGGUUUACAGGCCAGCUCUAUCAAUCAGCUUGUGUUAGGUAGAUUUUAGCAAUGCCAGAGGGCACUGUGGCAGGCAGUGUGGGAGUGGCUUCCCGUCUUAAUGUGAUCAUACAGACUGUUUAUAUACAAAUAAGCUGAUGUCAACAAUCCUUGCCAUUGUGUUAACAAUCAUGGGAAAAAAACACAUUUCUAAUGUGUUUCUUAAGCUCUAUUAUGUGUUUUUAAAUCAGACCGUGUAACGGUUAAAUCCCCAACAAUCUACCAACCCAGAUCUACCAACAAUGGUGAAGGGCUUUAACAUGUCAUGGUGGAGAAACACCAGCAGAGGAGAUAAGACAGCAUGAUUCCAGUUAAUUUAAAACCAACCAAAACAUUUUUCUAAUAUCUCUGAGUUUCCUUGGAGAGGUAGAGGGAAGAUAGAAAGAGGGCAGACAGGGUCUGUCUCUCCCUGGGUCUGUGUGCCCUGACCUGAGGCCCGGGCUGCCUCGCCGGCUGAGAGGAAAGUUCCCCGGCCAUGUAAGGGAACGGGAGCCUGGCUGUGGGAGCAAGCGGGCCCCAGGCCCUGCCACUGGGGAGCUCCAUUCAGGCUCUCGCUGACAGUGAGCCUCUUUGUGCCCCAGAUCAGGAGGAGACGGCUGCAACAAAUAACCGUUAAGAGUCAGGGCCGGCGGGACGAACCCAGCGCCACAGCCCAGUGGAAUAUCAAUGAGGACCCUCACAGCCACCGACCGGGGCUGGGACCAGGCACUGUGGCGGGCCAAGGAUGGGCAGAUCAGACCGGGACUGGUAGACUGGCAUCACCCAGAAUGCCAUCUAUGCUGUUUCAGAAGUUCCACACAAGGGACGAUGCCUGAACACAGGAAAUGCGGGACCGUUUGGGUUGGCGUCUUCCUGUUUGAUGUCCUUUUGUCCGUCUCUCCGCCCUCUCUCUCUGUGUGGCUCGUGGGUGGGAUUGUUGCUCGGUUUCAGGGUCAGGAUGGGGACUGGAUGUCUUUUCAGAUCUCUGGCCCAUCAGACAUUACCUGAAUGAUUUCUGGCACAAUCCCCAAACAUUCACGUCAGGGUUAACUGCAUCCAUUACCCUGGGCCCCAUUCUGAAACACGCAUGGGAACGCAUAGACUAGCUUAAUUAGCAGUUCUGUGCGUUUGGGAGGAGCAGAGCUGAAGAGAGACGUACUGAAGGGCAUUGGAGGAGCAGAGGCUUAUGUGAGAUGUGUUAGGACUGCAGUGGGCAUGGAUAGAGAAACACACCAGCACACCACAGUGAACAUGUACCCAUCUGUGCAGGGCUUAGACAGGAGGAGACCUGGUCUGUGUAGAGAGCCAUCUGUAUAGUGGCUGAGAAGACAGACUGGGCGGUGGGUUUGUUUUUCUUAAAGGGAAAGUGUCCAAGCACGUUAUGAAAUGCUUCAAACACUCCAAACCGCCUGACAAAUGUAUUCUGGAUAGUGUCUCAGGACUUAAUUUUCCCCCGAAUAAUUCCUGUCCCAUAAAUCCAUAUUUGCAUAUUAUUUUGCGCGGUUGUUGUUAACAGCGUCUUUCAAACAUUAAUUUAUGGCACAGUAGACCAUUUUUAAUUAUUCUGAAUAAAAUGAUGUAAUAUGAGCCGGUUUAGAAUGUUUUACAGCAUUUUUUAUAACAUGCUGAGGCAUUUUGCAUAUUGCAGGAGCUCUUUUUUUGAAGGAUCACCUACAACCCCAGAAUGAAAGAAAACAAGGCCACGUAAAAAAAAAACUCCCCUUUUAUACUAAGGGCAAAAUCCCUAAAGUAGAAUACAGAAAGAUAUGAAUAAAGUGUAAGCACAUGAUCUAGCUGGGUAAAAGAGUCCACGCAUGGCUGAAUCCAUGGAAACAACUUAACAGCUGAGCAAGUGAGUGUGUUCUGGUGCCGCCGUGGAUGUGUGCAUGCGUGCUUUCAUGCGAGCGUUUGUCUUGGUACAGUACUUGUAGUACAGUUGUAAUCAGCGUCGCCAUGAAAGAAUAAAGUAGUGGAUUGGUGGGAUUGUUUAAACAGUACAGACGUGCUGUCCUCCUCCUAUCUCCAUCACAGCCCUGAGGGGAGCGUUGUUUGAGAACACGGGGCCCCCUGGUGUCUUCCAGCCUGUGGCAUCCCCUAAGUGUGGUGUGUGAAUGAGAGCUGCUCUGCCAGCCCAGCCAGCCGCGCUCCUUACACUGUUUCACUAAACAUGGUUGAUUAAGCAAAGUACAUCCCAGUCCCUAAUGGGGUGAUGAGCCCCUGAGAAGAUUACUAGAGACACGUUGAGAGGCAGAUGAGAGCCCACGCUCCUCUGCAGCUAUCCCCUUCUGCACAUGCUCGCGCGCACACACGUGCGCACACUGAAAAAGCACACACACACUUACGGACACAUGCACACGCAUGUACACACUUGCAUGGACAGUUAGACACAGACUCAUACACCAGACACAGUACGCUGUAACCAAAUCCAGGAUGCAAUUGAAUUCCAUUCCGCUGUCAUCCCAAGGCCAGUGAGCUGGGAGGAGGGACUGGUGGUUCAGACCCAGGGAUGUCCUCUUUGGAUUCAUACUCCACGAUAAUAUGAUUAUCACAGUCCACCAUGACUCCACAGUUAAGUAAUCUGGGGUUCCCUUUAUACAGCACUUAUGGCUUGCACUUAAGAUAAAAAAAAAACUAAUAAGCAGCCUCUCUAUUGACAUUCUGUAUUAGUAGCAACAAAAACAGAGGCAGUUUUAAAUGUGACAUAAGAAUGAGAAAUCUGGGUAAUUUACUGUGAAGCGCUUGCAAAUCUGUUUUUAAUCAGUUUUUAAAUGUUUUCAACAUUUGUCAUACAUUUUCAAUCCUUUGAUGCAGUAAAUUGUUUUCUUUGGAAGCCAAUACUUUCUGUUGAGCUUUUCUAGUUUGGAUCAGUUUGAUAUGUAGCUCACAGUGUUGCCCACGACCUCCCAACCCACACUCACCACACACAUGUACACACACAUAUCCCCACACUCAACCCGAUCUGUGUGUGUAAAUAUCAUGGACUGUGUGUGAGCCUAAGACCACGCAGUUGUUGUGUUGUCUAGUUUCCUCGGUAGCCUGGUGAAUUAGCUAAAGCCCCUCAGCUAGAAACUGCCGUCCUGGAAAGAGCCACACCAAAUGAGGACCUUCCCUAGUCUGACAUGUUGCCCAUAGGAAUGUACACUGGUGGCAGAUUUAUUACUCAUCCUCCAGCUAAAUACAUAAAAGGAUAAGCACAAUAUUGUUUUUUUUUUUUGUUGCUUUUUUGUAAAGUUGUGGAGAACAUUCUACUAUUUAGUCUGCACUGAUCAUACUUGUCAUGUUUUGUUUUGUUUUCGGUUGGUUUCUGUUUGUUUCAGUGGUAAUAUUUGGUUUGAGAUUUUUGGAUUUGUUGUAUUGGAAUUUUAAUUUGCUCUCUGGUGUGUGUUUGACGAUCAUGAGGAACUUAAUGACGAAGAUGAGAUUGUGAUGAUGAUAACGAUGAUUCUCUACUGUGAACAUCCCCUCAGUAUUUGCUCCCACUCUGAAUUCUGUGAUGUGUGUGUGGGUCACGUUUAAAGGAGAAGAGGAGGACAAGAGUUGUUUAUGCAGACUGAAAUCACGACAAGAGAACUUUCCAGAUUUUCCUUCGGAGUCUCCUGCUACUGUGACUAAUUGCAGUCCUCUCACCAGAGGCUGUCUGUCCCUGUCUGUGUCCAGGGCCACUGUCAUUAAAUGACAUCACGUGUCCCUGUGUGUACAUAUUCAAAACGCUUAAAUGGAAUUUAAGUGCAGUAGCUGCAUGACACAGCCUCUGUGUGUACAGAAGUAGCGACAUGUGAAUUUGUACAGUACAUGCAAGUGUGUAUGCUUGUGUCUGCAAAUAUGUCUGUCACACAAACACAUGCAUGCACCCUCCAACUGCGCAAGACACACACACACCACAUACACAAACACACACACACACACACACACCCUUUCGGCAGUUGAACAUCAUUUCCACAUUGUCCUCAGCUCUGCCUGUCUCUUAGCAUGGAGACUUUGCUCUCUGUCAACCUUCUUAUUCUAAUAAACCACUCAGACGUUGACA